GAAUCAUCUCUGACUUGUGCCUGGACUCAUGAAGAAUAUGGAUCUCUCAUUUCAUGUGCUCUGUCUUUGUCUCCUUUUAUGGCAACGAGGUGUGUUUGGUGUUGAGACAGAACUUAAUGGAGACAAUGGCGACUCUAUAGAUAAUCCAGAUUUUGACAAAACUACAAAUAACACAGAAGUGGAAUAUUCUGGUGAUAACACAAAGACCGAAUUUAUUGAAGACAUUAAUAAAGAAAAAAUUGGUUCAGAUGAUGCAAGACUUGAUAUCGAUAAAAGACCGUUAAUAAAAAUGAUGAAAGUGAUGGAGGGAGAUACUGUUACUCUAGGUUCUGGUUCUUUAAUGAAUGAAGAUGAUCACAUUAUAUGGACUUAUAAAUCUCAACAGCCUGACAUUUAUAUUGGAGUAAGAAAUAAGAGCGUUGAUUACGGCAAUAGUGUUGAACGAUUCGGAGACAGACUGAAGGUGGACAAACAGACCGGAUCUCUGACCAUCAGAAACAUCAGAACCACAGACUCUGGACUUUAUUAUCAGAUUACUGUCAUACAAGAUCUCACUGCUAAAGUAGAUGCGCCAACGAUCAAAUUUAAUCUCUCUGUUCUUGCACCUCUGCCGGUUCCUGUCUUCACCCGUAUCAGUAACUCUUCAAAAUGUUCUUCAAUAUCUUUAGCAAGCGUAUAUAGCUCAAAAUGUGUGUUGUCGUGUUCGGUGUUGAAUGUGACAGAUGUGAGUCUCUCCUGGUACAAAGGAAACAGUUUAUUGUCCAGCAUCAGUGUGUCUGAUCUCAACAUCAGACUCUCUCUACCUCUGGAGGUUGGAUAUCAGGAUACAAACACAUACAGCUGUGUGGUGAACAAUCCCAUCACAAACCAAACUCAACAUCUUAACAUCAAUGAUGUUUGUCCAGGAUGUCCAGAAUCUAUACUUUCUUAUUUCUUGGGAUUUUUGGUGUUUCUUCUGUUUAUAAUAUUUGGGAUAUGUUUCUGUUGUUGUUAUACAAAACGAAGAGGACCCAUUUUGAUCAUACGGUGAACUCAAAAAAUUGUAUUUUAUGUAUAUUGUACAAAGGUUUUUACUCUCAUUAGUUUGUGAAGGUUUUUUGUGGGACAUGCGAUCCAUGAGACAUUCCAGAUCUUCUGGUUUAUCUACAUGACAAUAUUUGUCCAGACUGGGAAAAAAAAUGAUCGCUCUGAACAACAGGAUCAUAAUAACAUA